AGUAGAGGGGGUACUAGGGAGGGAGGGAGGGAGGGAGACUGAUAUGGGAGAAAGUACAGUAACAGAUGGACUUAGAGGGAUUACAUGGAUUCGGGAUGGGUCUGUGACACAAAUUCCCAAGAAAGACAGAAAAAGGAGGAGCGUGGCGAGGGAAUCACACUCACCCUGGAGCAUGAGAGAGAGUGGGAAAGGAGGAUAAAGAGAGAGGAGCAUCUGGCUGGAGAGGUAAGGGUCAUAACUGAUCAUUCUGACAAAGGGGUAUUAGAGAGAGGAGUAGUGCGGAGUACUUGGGUUAAACCAGGGAUAACAAAAAUACCAAAAAAUGUGUGCAAAGUUAUUGCUUGGUCAACAUAAAUGUCUCAGCAAAUCGGAGAGGAAGAGGAGAGGAAGAGGAGAGGAAGAGGAGAGGAAGAGGAUAGGAAGAGGAGAGGAAGAGGAUAGGAAGAGGAUAGGAAGAGGAGAGGAAGAGGAGAGGAAGAGGAGAGGAAGAGGAUAGGAAGGAAAGCCUGUGAUGGAGGAAAAUGAAUGUCAGCAAAAGAUGGCAGUAGAAAGAUUACAUUGUAGUGAGGGAUGUUGUCUAAAGAGAAAAAUAGACUUCUGUUUCUUUUGUAGUGAGGCAACGAUGCAGUUUCGAUUUGGUGCCAAAUUUCAGGCUAAGAAUUAGUAGUUCCUAGAACUGAGUUAAGCUGUUAAGAGUUUGACAUGGAGAGAAUAAUGAUGUACUUCCUGAUGCGCUCUGUAUAGUUGUUUAUAUGUCUUGUACUGUCCAGCCUUCCUUUCCAAAAAAUUUAAAAAUUGCAAAUGAAAUGACUGAAAGAUAAUGUUGCUGUUGGUAACUGAUUAUAGGGAAAAUCACAUUUUAUUGGUUGCAUACACAUUUUUAGCAGAUUUUAUUGUGGGUGUUGCGAAAUGCAGGUAUAGUGAAAUGGCACUGGGUUUUUAACGUACAGUAGGUCAUUUUGUGUUUAGCAUUUUUUUAAUUGCCCAUUUGUUAUGCCAAUGGAAUUCAGUUUAUUGACUGCUACAGAAUGUGUUGGGUAUUACACUUGAAUAUAAUGGGUUUUGUAAACAAUACCUGCAAAUAGGAAAAGUUUUUCACCGGACAUAGCCACGGGAAGUAGUUUGGGGGUGCGGGUUUUUGCCUGCGUUAUAGGCGGCUAUAUCGUUCCGCUAAUACAGAACUAGUAAAACUUGUACUAUUUUGUUAAACUUUUUUAUUUUAUUUUGAUUUUUCAGGGGGUUCUUCAGCACCCUUCCUUCCCACUGAGACUGACUUGAAGAUUCUGGUUAAUCUGUCCUGUGUUAACAUUGCAGGGAUCGCAAACAGUGUGAGAGAGAGACCAGGAAAGAGAGCCAGAGUGGGUUUCACACUCUAACACACCUAACACAAACAGAUUAGAGCAGAUUAACAUGGAUUACCAGAAAAAUGAUUUAGAUCAGAGGCUUAACUAAUGAUUUCAUCAAAAAAAGUAAUCUGUACAUUUUAUUCCCUCCAUUUUAUUCCUACUCUACUUUAAGUCGUAAGGAGGAUGUCGUGAGAGGUAGAGGCAGACCAGAUCCUCUUAAUCAGGAAGUAGAAAGUUAAUAACGUGGUACAGGUCACAGAACGGUAUGGAUUACUCCAGAACCAUAUGCAAACACACAGUGAACUCUUGGACCUGUACGACCCGUCACCCUGAGCAUUUCUGUGAGUAAGAUAUAAGGUAUCUGCCCUAAGAUGUGAUCAUACGGAAAACACUUGUACGCCAAAGCAAAAUGUAUUCCAAUAAUAUCUCUACAUUUGAUGAUACGUUUUACGGCUGGAUCUGAUAGUAUCUGUAUCAAGUCUGUAUAAUCAAAACUCACUGUAGGACUAGAGUGAAAAGUUAGGCGACAGAGAUCUAGAAAGCGUAUCCGAUAGCUCUCUAAGGUUUAUGAUGAAAGGCGGCUAGGGACUAGGGAUCUAUUGACUCCCAUUACUGUUGAAUGGUUAGAGUGAAGAGCCCUAGGGAUCUAUAACAGCAUAAACGUUCAGUCCUGGUUGGACAGACAUGUCCUCCUACCAUCCCUUUCUUUUCUCCUGGUGUGACCCCUCUCCUCUGUUCAUUUGUCCAUUCUGUCCAUCUCUUAUUUUCCAUCCCUCUUUUACCUUGACAGAAUCUUAUCCGACUCUCUCUUUCCCCUUCUCUCUCUAUUCUUGCUUUCCCUUUGUCCCCAUUUUCUAAUCUUUUCUCUACAUUGUUUUAUCUUCUCUUGUUUUUUUUACUCUGUUCUUUCUUUUUGAAACUCUCUUUCACUGAUUUCAAUCUAUCACCAGAACUGUCAUCUUCUUCAUCAUCCUCUACAUCACCAAUAACAACCUCAUCCUCACAUACUGCUGUUGAUACUUAUAUCCCAUCUACCUCCAUUUGUCCAUCUCUUUCACCAUCCUCUUCGUCUCCUUCCCCUGCCCUGAGUCUCUACACACGUCCUCUCCUCCCGCCCUAUCCCUCCUUCUUGACCUUCUCUUACCCUCUCCCCUCCUCCCGGUGUGGCCAUGUUGGAGAACAUGUCUCGUCGGUCCCGCUCCCUGCUGUCCCUGACCCUGACCACUCUGGCUCUGGCCCUGUCCAUCCUGGCUCUCUGCACCUCCUACUGGUGUGAAGGGACUCACAAGGUGGUCAAGCCUCUCUGCCUGUCUCCGGUCAAGAUGAGGAACUGUGGGCAGAACAACAGUGAACCCUACACCACAGAGAGCCCAACUCAGAACCCAUACAACAGAACCCUGCCCCCCCAGAGGAGAGAUGAACUGGCUAAGAUCCGCCAGAGACAGCUGGACAAUGCUGUCCACUACAUCUGGGAGACAGGAGAGGACAAGUACACCUUCAGAUACUUCCACACUGGCUUCUGGGAGAGCUGUGAGAAACACGUUGAUGGUGAGAAGUGUCGCAGCUUUAUUGAGCUGACUCCUGGUGAAACACAAGGUCUGAUGGGGAUGGUGGCCCACAUGAUGUACACCACAGUGUUCCAGAUGACUGUCAUCGUUGGCCCUAAAGACUGGAGGCCUCAGACCUGGGACUACGGCUGGUCUUUCGCCCUGGCGUGGAUCUCCUUCAGCUGUUGUAUGGGAGCUGCAGUAUUCACCCUCAACUCUUACACCAAGACCAUCAUCGAGCUGCGCCACAAACAGAGGCUCCGAUUGGAGGAGGCCCGCGCCGCCACCCACGCCCCUCCCUACAAUGAGGUGGUCCCCGGGAGCGGGCUCUACUCUGUCAGCGGCCUAUUGCAGUGCCCAGACGGGAUGAUUGACGUGGCGUGGGCGCCUGACGGGACCGUGAUGGGGGUGGGGAACGGGGAUGUACCAACUCUGGUGUUGGUAGGAGGGUGUGGGCCAGAGGGCUGUGAGGACUGUGAGAGAGAGAUGGAUGAGAUGGAGGAGGCCAUGGAGAGGGAAAGAGCUGAUUCGCCUUGUUAAUAAGUGAUGGGUGGGGCUAAAGAGAACAGAGUAGGACUAUGGGUAAUGUAGUCACUUUACAGGUACUGUAUAUGCACCUUGAGCUCUCAAGAUGGAAAGAGUAAGACAGAAAAAUAGUGAGACUGAGAAAGUGGGAGGGGAAUAGUUCUGACAUAAGAUAUGAGAGAGAAGGAAUGCUGAUCUACUUCUCUUGCACUGCUUGCGGGGCAGAAGCAGAACUUCAUGGACAUGGGACACAGGAACUGUGUUGGCUGUAAGAGCUACAGUAUCCCCUCUUUGACAUUGAACAGAGACAUACAUGGUUCGGGCUAACGCUCCUCACAUUGUCAUUCAUUAAUACAAUAGUGCCUAAUGGUAAGGGAUUGUUAUACAGUAUACAUCUACACUACCGUUCUAAAGUUUGGGGUCACUUGUUGUCCUUGUUUUUGAAAGUAAAGCAAUUUAGUUGUUCUGAGAAAUUAAGGCUAUUCCAUGUGAAAAAUUACCAAGAAACUGAAGAUCUCGUACAACGCUGUGUACUACUCCCUUCACAGAACAGUGCAAACUGUCUCUAACCAGAAUAGAAAGAGGAGUGGGAGGCCCCGGAGCACAACUGAGCAGGAGGACAAGUACAUUAGUGUCUAGUUUGAGAAACAGAUGCCUCACAAGUCCUCAACUGGCAGCUUCAUUAAAUAGUACCCGCAAAACACCCGUCUCAACAUCAACAGUGAAGAGGCGACUCCGGGAUGCUGGCCUUCUAGGCAGAGUUGCAAAGAAAUAUCUAUAUAAGAAAUAUAGCCAUAUCUCAGACUGCCAAUAAAAAGAAAAUAUUAAGAUGGGCAAAAGAACACAGACACUGGACAGAGGAACUCUGCCAAGAAGGCCAGCAUCCCUGAGUCGCCUCUUCACUGUUGACAUUGAGACUGGUGUUUUGCAGGUACUAUUUAAUGAAGGUUCCAGUUAUAAUAGUAAUUUACAACAUUAACAAUGUCUACACUGUAUUUCUGAUCAAUUUUAUGUUAUUUUAAUGGACAACAAAAUUAGCUUUUCUUUCAAAAACAAGGGCAUUUCUUAAGUGACCCCAAACUUUUGAAGAGUAGCGUACGUAAAUGUAUCCAUGUUAGAAAUAGUUUUACCAUAAGUAUCCAAUACUUUCUGACCUUUGUAAAUCAUGCUUUCACUUCGUCUGAAUGUGUCACAUUCUGAAUCAGUAAAAUAAACAAUCAUCUCUGUGUCUA